AUGGUUAGGACUAGAGGAUUAGGUCGUGCCUUAGGUGUGGGCAGAGGAGAUCGUGAUGAUUCCGAUGAUGCUCCGCAGCGUCGACGGCCUACUGCAUCCGCAUGGAGGCAGCGAGUCGCUGUGACUGUGGAUCACGUCGAUGAGCCAGUUAUCCCUGCGCCAGAUGUUCAGGAUGACCUGAUGGAGGCACCAGCUGCUGUAGAGGACAUUCCUGCAGACAUUCCUGCGGACGCAGGCGCAGAGGCGGCUGAGGAUCAGCCUCAGGGAUUUCCGGGUGGUCCGAGCGACCCAUCUGUGUUGACAGCGUAUGCGGAUCACGUUGCUUGCAGCGUAUGGAUGGGAGAGGAGCGUCCUGAAUUGAAGCUAUCCUCUCAUGGGAGGAAGGUCCACAGUUUAGGCAGGCCUGUCCCUGCCAUUGAGGGACUUAUUGCUGGUAUAGGACUAAGUCCUCUGAUCGAGUGUUCGGUAGACACCGGCGAUCGGGGACUUUUGUCCGCGUUUGUGAAGCGGUGA